AUGUCGCGCACCAGGAACCACCGCCGCAAUCCCCGAGGCACCACGGGCCUGAACGAAGCCCAGCCCUUCCGAUCCGGAGCGCCCUCCGACCUAGCAGUCUCCCUGACCAACCACAGUGGCGGCUCCUCCUCCCGGCGCGCGGGAGCCGCCCCCCGACCGUCCGAAACGCAACGGGAGGGCCGGCACGAGGCGGCGGCCGGAAAGCGGCGGAGCCGAGGUGCCUACGCGGGGCAAGAAUCGUCGGAUGCGAAUAAAAUGGCCGGGAAAGCCGAGGACCGCAGAUCGACUACGGGCCGGGGCUUGGGCUCUGGCUCGGGCUCGGGCUCGGGUUCGUCGUCUUCAGGCAGGGUUGGUUCCGUGGGCAUGAGCUUGACGGAGGAGAACGUGAAGCGUACGGCCAGAUACUUUGAGGACAUGAGGAGGGACAAUGCGGGCGAGCGCGGGGAGUCGUCCGGGAGAAGGGCUUCGCUUCUGGCGACGCUGGAGGAGGCGGGCAGCAAAUUGAGUGGUGGGCGGAGAUAG